AAGACAGCAGGAAAAAGAAACUACUGAAUCGAAUAGAUUUUAUUUCUUGACCUCUUCUUGAUUUCUUCAUCAUCUGUAUGCGGCGAAAAUCGCAAAGAGCUACGCUUUUCGCAUUCUUGUAUUUAAAAUGGAAUCGGUGCAUGAGCUUUGCAAUGUAGAGGAAUGAAGCAAAAUGAAAAAAUAUGAGAAAAUCUUUGAAAGUUAAGAUUGAGAAAUGAGGAUUUGCGUGAGUGAGACGCGAAUGGCCGGAACAUGAUGUUGGAGGGAGCGAUCAACGCGCUGUACAGUUCACAACUUUUUUAUCGUGGAGGAAAACCGAUUGGAGACGCCGGAGGCUCGACUGUGGAUUUCCCCUUCUUCGUUGUGGAUAGUUAGUACGCAACGCUACACCGAGCUGAGGAGAUUCAAGCCGGAAUUGUAUAAGAAGCAGGAAAAGUGCACUCGUUCGUCGACGCGGACAGACCGUGUUAAGUUUGCAUGCACUGACGAGUAAUUUAAUGCUGAGUUUGAUCAAAUGAUCAAAUUACUUGGUCGCAUGAUGCACAUCAGGAGCAUUAUGAUGAUACCUUGUGUGCAUGGUUGAGUUUCGAUGAAGUGACGAUUGAGGAAGAUGUGCGGUUGAAGACCGAAGAUUCAGAAGAGGAGGACGAGAAGGAGCGUGACGAACAACGGGCUCCAGGGAUGUCUACGGUGUCGGUCAAUAAAUUACAGAUUUUGUGGGACCACUUCAUCCACGCUGAACCCCAAAGUUACGAGAAAUCAUCUUGGCUCGAUAUAUUUCUGGCGGAAUUUCUCGCGCAGAUUAAGGAAGGCAAAGACAUAAAAGAUGUUUUAUCUUUCUGUGGAGCAAUGGAUACAAAUAACACUUCGGUUGGUGGCGGCGGCGUGUCGACUCUCGUGGCCUGCGAAUUACUCUCGGACGUGCACGAGCUGUGCGGAAAGAGGAACGAUGGCAGCGAGUUGGUCAGUCUACGAAAGUACCUGGUACAGGAUCGGGGUUGGCGUUAUCUGGCGGUGUUACACCUAUUGGAUGUACGCGGUUUGUCUUGCGGUCGCGAGCUGGUCACGUUGUUGGUCGCUCUCUAUCCAGUCGCAUUUCAAGAGGGGACUACCGAUUCGAAAACUAACUUGUUUACCACAUCGCAAAAGUCUAAUGGCGAAUCUAUCGUUGAAUCAUCGACACGCAAUCAGUACGUGAAGUUCCACUGUAACGACGAUAUCGUUGAUAUGAUAGACAUCGUUUUGCAUACGAAACGCAAAACCACUAAGGAUUUCUUUCACGAAACCGAUGCGCCUUUGCGCGGGAGAUCUGCUCGUAGACGAUCCAUCGCCGACGCUGCAAAAUCACGUCAAUCUAUCAAUCACAAACGGAUAAAAUCGCCAUUAAUUCUAAAAUCUCGACGCAAUACAUCUGAGAACGCGACUAGCAGCGAAUCUGAGUUAUUGACAGACGGCAUCAAUACAACGCGUUCUCUCACUCUGAAGAUUCGUCUGAAUCCGAUGGAUUUCGAAUAUUUCACGUCGAUAGUCAGAAGCGACGAGGAGCAGAAGUGGCAAGCUGAGUUAUAUGAGCUACCACCUCGUCCUGUGAGAAAAACACCGUGUGAUUAUAUCGACGAAAGAAUCCAGGAUGUACUGAAUGCCAAGAUUAGUAAUUUUGAGAUUAGUUUGCUUAUCAUACAAUUGUUGCAAGGUUUGCGCGACUAUGACACACCCGCUGAGCAAACACCUGCCGUGCAGGUUCUGAAAUUUGCUCUAGAUACGCUGUGGUCGCUACAAUUUGGCAUAGAUAGUAAUAAUUUGAGUAGUACAGAAUGCGUCACUCUGAAAGCGGCGGCCGCCAGGUUGAUGUUAACAGCUCUAGAACGCGCUUUGAGAGCUGAUGAACCUACGACGGCGGUGAUUCAAAAUGGUUUGCUGCCGAUGACUCUGAGAUUGCUGGAAGAUGCCUGUAGCAAACCGAUAAACGUAUUGGAGCCAGAGGAAGGUUCGCUAUUGCAGGAAUUUAUUUUCGCCACCAUCUAUGGGAUUGUUACUUUUCUUUAUUGUCUGUUACAUCAACGCGGCGGCAAUGUCGAUAAAUUAUCGGAUUUCCUUGAACUGUUCCGGCUUUUUAUUGAGAGUCAGGACGGUAAGCUCGUCGAGAGGACAAUAUUUGCGAUCAUCGAUCUACGCACCAUUGAUGCAACGAAGUCAAUAGUACGUGCCAAGAAAAUAAUUGACAUGAUAGGCGCUCUAACCAGUGGAUUGAAGCGUAUUCGUCGCGAUCUCUCACACGCCACGCAGUGCCACAGGACCAAGCACAGAUCCUGCAUCGAUAACAUUCAGAGUUAUCAUCAUUCGAAUGUGUUCGGAAUACCGUACUCUCAAUCGGUCGUUAAUACGGCUGAUAAACAGAUGUGCUGCAUUUCCUCAUUAUUCGCGACGCUUAUGAGUUUAUUGAAGAAGUCUCAUCUAUUUGCGAGUGAGUUGCAGGUGAGAUUGAUUAAGAUCACCACCGCCGCAGGUACGUGCUGUUGUUUCCCGCCCAAGGUACUUAUUUCAAGUGUUGUCACCUUCCUAAAAAAAUGCGAUUUCUCGACCUACGCGUCAGCUGUAGCAUUUCUCGAACGUAUUUUCUUUAAAGAGCUAGGCGCUUAUGCAAUGACAGAUGCAUGCAGCACUUGUGUGAGGCCAGCGAAUUAUUCGUGGGACUUUCUGGAAAUGUAUGUCGAUUUAUUGUGUCCUAGUGAUCCAAAACUCUGUUAUAUUGUCAUGGCGCAUCUGCUGCAAGUUACAUCCGGUUCCCGAUUUCAUGUAAGGGAACAACUUCUGCUCAGAGUUUUCUAUCCGGCUUUUUUGCGCGCUAAAGAAUGUUACACAAUCAAUAACGAUGACGUAACGGCAAAGUUUCUUUUGCAAUCCUGCAUGUCCGUUAUGUCGUGUUUAAUCGUGAACGCGCAUAUGUGCGAAAGAUUUAUGGAGAUUAACGGACUACGUGAGAUAUUGCCUUUGAUGGCAAAUUUGGCAUUUACUAGAAGCGUUUAUGCUCUUUUGGAAGUCACCGUAACUAUGGAGAUCUGGAAAAUGCGUGAUGAGAAAUUCGACAAUUUGGAAAGCAUCGAGAUGCCGAUCGCGACAAGAUCUCUCUUUGAAUCUCUCGAUAGAGAGACGAAUGAAUUAUUAAAUUGCUUACGAUGUUUCGAGAAACCAAAGAUAGAAGAAAAUGCGGAAGAGAACAAAAAUACAUUCGAUAAGCGUUCUGACAAUCAAAACGUUGAUUUGUCUCCUGUAAAAAAAUUAAAAAUCGAUGAGACGACAAUUAAAAGUCUUGACGAUGUAACAACUUUACCGCAACUGCCUGAAAGUGAUAUUCAUCGCGAACAAUUAGAGAACAAGACUGAUACGAUAAAUACUGUAGUAAUUUCAAAUUCAUUUAAAAAGCUUUAUAAUCUUAUAGAGCAAGUUGAAGUGUACGACGCAGAAGUGUCGUUUGAGAAAUUUAACUUAUAUCGAGCUAGCAUAGCAUGGAGAGCUACUGCGGGUGUAGCAUUGUGCAGUCCAAAAUUUCGCACCGAAUUGUCUACGCAUUCAGUAUCCAAGAAAUCGUUACGUUUGUUUAGGCUGUUAACUAUAGGCCUCGCCACGGACAGUAUUGAAGAUACUGGCAAAUCGGCACAUAAGCUUUUCGAGGCCCUGAUUACAUGUUGUCUGAUAUCUCCGUUUUAUGAUUGUGACAUAAUCAUGGAAUUAAGAGAAACAUUGAUGAGUACCGGGAUGAAGCUCGGUCGUGGAAUAGCUGUGAUAGUAAAUGCGAUAUUGAAAGUCUCUAUGCUGAAACCGGCGCAAGAGAAUAGCAUACCUCAACAACCGCGGCCAAGAUUACCAACUUUGUCGUUGGAAAAUCCACCGGACUAUAGCGCCGAAGAUAGCAGCACCGGUGAAUAUAUAACUGCUGAUGAUGGAUACGAAGCGGAUGUCGAAGUACCUGAAAAGAGUCCCAAUAAUAGCACUUCCAAGAAGAGUAGUCCUCUUGGGCUUGUAAUAGAACCGAGAGGUCAUGCUAAUGCACAUCCUGCUUUAUGUUCCUUGGCGAUAGAUCUUUUAAUUCACUUCAGUCAACAAAGUUUAGAUUUAGAGAAAGGCUCGAUAAUAACUGGUGGAUUGCGAAGAAUCGCUGGUACAUGUCGAGAAAGUGUCUCAAGUUGCGCCGCUCUCGCGGCUUCAGGGACUAUUAUGAAAAUAUUAAACGGCUUUAAAAAUGUAUUCAUUAACAAUGAUCCACGAUAUCGAGAUUUACAACACGCGGCGUUGGAAGUUUUUACAUUAUUAGCGACGCAAUCAAUCUCAUCGGCGGAGCUAGUCGAAUAUAUGUCUUUCUUUAAAACGGAAAGACCACCGUUGUUACCGUUACUGGAGCCAUUGUAUCAUUUAGUACUGGUGGCACGACCUCAACCUAAUUUUAUUUUGUCGUUCCCUGUGCAUUGCGAUAUAAAAACAUCGCCGAAGACGGAGCAACAUAAGAAUCUGGAAAAGGCUGAGAAUCUCGUGAAAAAUUUCAGAAAGAAACAUCUUGCGGCGGGAAUUUGCAGUCCAUGGUCUGUACAUGCGAUAUGUCUACCUGUUGGUCCGGAACUUGCCUGGCCAGUAUGGUUACACGGUUGUUCUGCUUCCAUGUGGAUAAGAGUAGAAAGAGGAAUGUCAAUUGGCAGUCGUGCGACAAUCUAUAAUACCUCACCGUUACUCGAUUCAGAUAACGAGAGCCUAUCCGAUUGGGGUAUUCUUUCUGACAAUUGGAAUCGGCAAGUCGUAGCUGGUUCUGUGUCGCCACCCACACCAACGUCGAUAAUACAUUUGAUGUCCAUUGGCUUCGAAUCGUUGGUUCUAGAAAUGUGGCUCGAUUUAAAAUCAGAUAAAUUAAUUUUACGACUUACUCGUCCGGAUGAUAAGAUGAACCGAACGAUCUCUGAAACUUCAAUAAACAAUAUGCUUUCCUGUGGACAUUGGCAUCAUUUGACGUUAAACUUUAAAGAUACUGUUUUGAAUAAGCGGAGUGCUGUAGUUGAUGUUACGCUCUGGGUAGAUGGCUGGAAAGAGAUCAAUGCUCAAUUACCAUUUGAUGGUUUAUUAAUGAGAAAACCGGGUACUACGUGUGUUUUAUUGGGUCAAAUUGGGUCGAGCAGUAUUGGCGCAUGGUAUUUCGGAAAUUUAAUGGUUUUUAGAUGUCCAGUAUUCACGAAAGAACGUGCAUUGUAUUUAACAAGUCUUGGACCAAAUUACACCAACUUGGCGGAUUGCAUUUUGAACACUGUGAAACCUGAUUUUGCACCCCUUAUUACGUCUGGGGCACUAAAUGGCGUUUGUGAAGUAAAAUAUGAAGAAAGUAAAUUUGAUUCAAGUCGACGAAAAUCUUACGAUGAUACUUACUUGAAACAUGCUGUCGAAACAGUGGUGUCAGAAUCAAAAGUUGACUGGGAUGCUGUUAUGGAUGCGACAAACUCGCAUCUUGGUGACUUGCAAGAUAAUUUGCUUCUUAGUUAUGAGGCUCAAAAUCCUAACAUCGUACAUUUAUAUCCUCAAGCCAUCACUAAUCCUGCUGUUAUUGUGGGAAAUAUUUUCCCGGGUCAACCAGGUUUUAGAAUCAUCUCAGCCCCAGAACACAGGGUGUCGCAGCAACCACCUUUAUCGAUACCUCCGAUUGUAUCUACUCGUUUAGAAAACCAACAAUAUCGAGGACUUAUACCUGCAGCGAUUUUAGUAGGUGGUGUACCAGUAUUUUUAUAUCUUUUUGCGAGGGUGGUCGAAUUAAACUCUACUGAAGAGGAACAAGCCUUGGCUCUCUCCAUAGUCCUGCAUCUUGUUCGUAGUGAUUCAGAACUCUUAAAUCAAUACCGAUUGGAUGGCGGGACAUUAUUAGUUCUUCGCGUUCUAGAAUCGUCUCGAUGCCACGCAGGUAGACACAUUUUGAAAGCGAUGCUGGAUGCAGCGUGCGACAGUUCGAUCAUCAUCAGAGACAUCGGUAGUAACCAUCCAGUUUCUCAGAAUUGUGAGGCUGUUAUCACGGAUCCGGAAUUGAUCAAGGCCGCGCUUACUGCAUGGAGAGCAUGGGCGAAAUAUGAUACAUUAAAUUUACUAUUACAAACGCUGUUACUCUUACUGCGAGACCAACAUUCGCAGCGUGAAUUCAAUGCAUCUCAAUUAAACAGGGUUGGAAUUGUGGAUACAAUCCUUACCUUGUGUAAGGAGCACUUUAUGUACGAAAUAAAUGAAGAGGUAAAUGCCGUAUUGGAUUCGAAUACUGGAAUCGCAAUUGUGGAAUUAAUGCGCGCUUUAAUGGGUGCACCACCGGAAUUUGCUCAUUUGGUUGCCAUCACUGAUUAUUUGGUUCUCGUUCAUCAAGCUUCGGAAACUUAUGUUACUCAUUCACGACAAAAUAUAUAUUUUAUGUUGCCGCAACUUAGAGAAACAAAAACAAAUCUGAAAAAAAGUGAUAACAGUUCUAUUUCUUCCAAUGAUUCAAUAAGCUUGAUGGAAAACAGUAAAUUGAACAAGGCAUUAACGAACGAACAGAUUCAAAAGACUCGAAGUCCUAAAAAGAAAAAUCGUAAAAAUACACCAAUGGAUAAUACUAGUGGUGGAGAAGAUUCCGGAAUUGCAGCUAGUGAUGGAUCUACUCCACAGAGUAAUGAAAGACAAUCAACAUAUUCAGAUGAAAAAAGAGCUUGUCAAGGCUUAGUUUGCGAAGGGCUGCUAUUGUUAUUGAGAGAUGCUGUAAGAGUAUUACCAGACUGCCAAGUUGGAUCGGUGUUAAAACAUGUUUUAAGAGCUGAACUUUUGUUAGUUUUAGCUAAUGAUCCUGAUAACCGUGUACGCACAGCACUGAUCAAGGUGAUACAAACGUAUCUACAACGUGCUAGUGAUGAAGAAGUUAACAAGUUUAUAAAACAGAAAUAUUUUAUGCAUCUAGGAAAUCAGAUAGCUUUAUAUCCCGCAAGCGAUUCAGUAGUUAUUGCUUUAGAGAACUUGGCUGCACGAAGUCCGACUUUGGCGGCAAUGUCAAUGUUAAUGGCGAUAAUUGCAAAGACUUCAAACUCUGAUUCAAGCAUAGUUAGGCCAUUGAUAUUGUUUAUAACUGAUGUAAUAGUAAAGAAUAUAAAUGCACUGAAAGUACUUUUAGAGCAAGGCUUAAUUGAAUCCUUGGUACAAGGUUUGGUCGGGACUGCAUAUAAAAGUAACUCGAUGUCCCUUCAUCGAGACAUUCAUGUGCUGUUUGUAACAAUCGCGACUAAGCUUCUAGAAUUACCCGGUAGUCAUCAAAUACAAGCGAUAUUAGAUUUACAUGUGAUACUUGAUUACAUGGAAAUAUCGGAAAAACUACGAUGCUGCACAAGUUCGAUUCGCACAGCCGUGAGAGACGCACAAGUCGCAUUGUUCGAUGGAGAGUUGGACGCACUUGUGACAAAACUGUCGAAUCCCUCGGGAUUCCGUCUACGUAGCACGGCUUCUUACUUGGCUUCGGCAUCUUAUUUCACUUCAGUUCUUACGACGUCUGGCGAGCAGAGUGAUCAUGGAUCUCAUUCCUCCAGCUACGGUAGCUUUCAUGCGAGCUCAUCCUCGGUGCUGCGCGAACCCGGUAAAGGAGAAUUGAACGAUCGUUUUCGUAUCAUCGUAACACGCGCGGUUGAAUUUAUAACAACAGCUGAUACGUCACCGUCCGUCAAUGAAUUGCAAUUAACGAGAAGAUUGUUUUCCAUUCUUUUACACGGUUUAUGUAGUCCACUAGAAAAGAAAAAUCAUUGGAGCAAUACGUGGUCUAUUAGACCAGCAUUGAGAAAAUAUACCGCUAGAAUAAUGAUAUGGCUAUUGGAACCACAUCAGAGCAUCAAUACAAGAAUGUAUGCUAUUAGAUCUCUAAUGGAAGAACCAAGAGCUCGCGAAAUCCUAUCAUGCAUUUUGGAGGUUCAUCCACAGAUAGAACAAAAGUUUACCGUAUUUUUUUGGGAUCUAUUGCAAAAACGGGACGAGAUGCCUAGUGUCGAUGCUAGAGUAUGCGCAGAACUCAGAGAAGCUCUGCGUGUGUGGAAUCUCGCGAAAGGGAUAGAGCAAGCUAAUCCGGAAGUGUGGAACGACGAAUUAGCUUUGUUACGUCGAGAUAUGUUUCUAGAUCGAGAUAUUUGUAUCGACAAUUAUCCUGCAGUUUUAAGAAUCGGCAAGAGAUUCGAUGCAUUGGCGAAGCAAUUAAUCGAAAGUGCUAUGAAUAUAACGCGUUCGGUUGUGGAAGAACAAAACCGUGAGCGCAAAGUGUUGAUGGAGCAGUUGAAACACAUGCGAGCACUACAGGCUCAGACGGUGGCCAGGUGGAGAGACAUAGCCAAGCGAUUAACACAUGAAUGGGCACCGUGGUAUUUUUCCGAUAGCUAUCCGAAAAAUUGGGAGUUGGAUCCAACUGAAGGUCCUGCGAGAGUUAGAAUUAGGCUUCAGAGAUGUCAUUUGAAUAUUGAUAAAAGAUUCUUUUUGCCCGAACAUCAAAAUAAUUUAGAUUCUUCUAAUAUCGAAAUGCCAUUGUCAUAUUUAUUUACGAGUACUCAUGAAGAUGCCAAUACUGUGGCUUUGAUCGAACGAUUACAUACAAGUGAGAAAAUACGCAAAAUGUCUCAAGUGAAAGUUGUUACACCUAGGGCCGAAUUAGCGGGAGAAGUUCUUAUUGGUGAGACAUGCGUGUAUUUCGUUCCAGAUAAUCCCGAUAUGCCAUUACACACGGACAUAGCAUUGGGUGGUUUCGAUUUGGCUGUAACCGGUGGUACUGCUUGGCGCCUCGAAGAUAUUCGCGAAUUGCACAGAAGAAGAUAUCAAUUGCAGGAGAGAGCAAUUGAGAUCUUUCUCAUUACCGGUAGAACAUACUUAUUGGCGUUCAAUUCAUCCAAGGAAAGGGAUGAAUUUGCAACCGAGUUAUCCGCUUGCAAUUUGCCGAGGCGAAUCCCUGGUGAUGAUUUGGGAGAGGCUUUAACUUUGUGGAGAAGUGGCGCGCUCACUAAUUGGGAAUACAUUAUUUGUUUGAAUAAACUGGCUGGUCGUUCGUAUAACGACUUAAUGCAGUAUCCCGUAUUUCCAUUUGUUUUGGCGGAUUACGUCAGUGAUAAGCUCGACUUGAACGAUCCGAAAAUCUAUCGAAAUUUCAAACGACCGAUGGCUGUGCAAGAUAAAAAGAACGAACAACAUUAUAUAAAUAAUUAUAAUUAUUUGAAGCAAACCUUAACAGAAGGAUUAAAUCUGAUUGCCUUAAAUCAAGGACCAUUUCAUUACGGAUCUCAUUAUAGUAAUUCUGGAACAGUUUUACAUUUUUUGGUACGACUUCCACCAUUCACUAGCAUGUUCCUGUGUUAUCAAGAUAAUAAUUUUGAUAUUCCUGAUCGAACAUUCCAUGCAUUAGCUACUACAUGGAGAUUAACAAGUUGCGAUUCCACAACGGAUGUGAAGGAAUUGAUACCAGAAUUCUUUUAUUUACCUGAAUUUUUAUUAAAUUUCGAAGGAUUCAAUUUUGGCGUUCGACAAAAUGGUAAUAAAGUUGGAGAUGUUGAAUUACCAAAAUGGUGCGGUGGUGAUGUGCGUCUAUUUAUAUUAGCACAUAGAGCCGCGUUAGAAUCAGACAUUGUGCGAGAAGUAUUACCAUAUUGGAUUGAUCUCGUUUUUGGAUUCAGACAGACGGGAAAACCGGCGGUAGAGGCCAUAAAUGUCUUUCAUCCUGCUACUUAUUAUGGAUUUGAUGUGGAACAAAUAUCCGAUUCUUUAGAACGUCAAGCCUGGGAAACGAUGAUACGAACUUAUGGUCAAACGCCUGCACAGUUAUUUAGAACUCCUCAUCCAUUGAUUCAGAAUCUUGGCAAUGUAACGCUCUCUGAUCAGACGCUGCAGGUUAUUGAAGGAGUCAGUGGUAUAAAAUGGGGAAAUUAUGUAGGCGCUCCUGGCAAUAAACCUGUAUUAUGUUGGAAACUAAAACAUAAAACUCCAUUAGCUUCUCUAAUUCCUCUUGCAACCGGUGACGUUUUUGGUCUGCCUAAUUACACGACACUUCUCCUGGGUUAUACUAAAGAGAAAGGUGGUAGUAUGUUAAGUAAUAUGUCUGUCUUGGGUGCUGCAUUAGCAUCAUGGAAUGGAACAGAUGGAAUCGCUAGAUUAAAAUGUAAAAAGGAACAACCACCGAAGCCGUUAAUUAAAUCCUCAGGCCUCGAUCCAAUCACAACAUUAGGAUCUACUCCAGAUUGUGGACAACUCUGGAUCGGACAUUUAUCAGGCAGAAUUACGGCGCAUACAUAUAUUAUCGGAAUUACAGGCAAAAUCGAAUUCAGUUUAGCACCUGCAAUAACACUUUUAGCCCACAGAAGUCGAGUGACAACAAUAUCUUUGUCCCGUGCAUUUAGUAUUGCUUGCUCCGGCGAUGCUAAUGGGGUCAUUGCUAUUUGGGAUUUAAACAGCUUAACAUAUGUAAGAUCAAUAGUCUGCGAUCAAGGUUAUACUAUACAUCUCUUGUGUAUCAGUGAAACACUUGGUGAUGUAGCAAUUACUUACGAGAUUCCUAGAUCAGAGGACAAUGUGACUGCCGAUCGAUCCGAGUUAAGAGUUUACACUAUAAAUGCAAGAGCUGUAGGCUCCAUUUCGUCCAAAAGACGUGUAACAGCGCUUUGUUAUAGCAGCGCGCCAGAAGGUGUUUCUGUCAAUGUUAUUGCAACUGGUUUAGACAAUGGAAUAAUAAGAUUAUGGAGCAGUUGGGAUUUACAGUUAGUCAGAGAAAUUUCGAAUAACUUGAGAGAUAGUUGUGCAAUAAUCGCUGUGGUAUGGUCCCUUGAUCAGCACCAUUUAUAUGCAGUUACAGAAGACUCCACUGUCUUAAUUUGGGAAGGAUCUAAGCGUCUUAGCAACGGUACUCCGAAAUUCGUCAACUUAACAUCAUUUUAACCUGUAUAAUCAUUAUCUGAGAAUUUAAAACUGAUACAAGGACAAAUGUAUGAACUCAGAAAAAAACUUAUAUAUAAACAAAGAGAAUUAGAUUGGAAACAUAAAA